AUGGCGUCCAAGGCCAUUACUAACGGGAUCGGCGUGCAGGUUGAGGACACAAAGAUCUGUGUUGUCAUGGUCGGAUUGCCCGCGCGCGGGAAAAGUUUCAUUGCUCAAAAAGCCCAACGGUACCUCCAGUGGCUUUCAAUACCGGCGCAGGUCUUCAACGUGGGUAACUACCGCCGUAGCGAUGCGCCACAACCAACUGCAGACUUCUUUGACAUGAACAACACGGAAGGCGAACGGAAACGCCGCGCGGCGGCUGAAGCCGCUGUCGCAGACAUGCUGGCCUGGCUACGUUCUGGCGGCGUGGUCGGUAUCCUUGACGCGACCAACUCAACAAAGGAGCGCCGCAAGUGGGUUCUCGACACAUGUAAUGGCCAUGGCGUUGAAGUGCUGUUUGUCGAGAGCAAGUGUGACGAUGAAGACCUCAUCAUGGCCAAUGUGCGCGAUGUCAAAACCACCAGCCCAGACUACAAGGGACAAGACCCAGAAAAGGCAGCACAAGAUUUCCGCAACCGCAUCAAAAUGUACGAAAAGAUAUAUGAAACGAUUGGCGGGGAUGACUCGGAAGAAGACGAGUACACAUACCUCAAGCUCAUGGAUGUAAGCAAGCAGGUCAUCAUCAACCGCAUCCAGGACUAUCUGCAGAGUCGGGUGGUCUACUAUCUGAUGAAUCUGCACAUUCGUCCACGUUCGAUCUGGCUGUCAAGAGAUGACCGACCGCUCACUGUCUGGACGUCCACAUUAAAACGCACUAUCGCCACGAGUCGUUUCCUCCCUUCGCACUAUAACCAGUUGCAGUGGAAGGCGCUGGACGAGCUCGACUCUGGCGUCUGCGACGGCUUGACGUACCAGGAAAUCAAGGACCGGUAUCCCGAUGAUUUUGCCGCUCGCGACGAGGACAAGUACAAUUAUCGCUACCGUGGCGGCGAGUCAUAUCGUGAUGUUGUCAUCCGUCUGGAACCCAUCAUCAUGGAGGUUGAACGCGGCGAAGACAUUCUGAUUGUCACGCAUCAGGCUGUCCUACGCUGCAUCUACGCCUACUUCAUGAAGAAGGAUCACACGAGAAGCCCUUGGAUGAAUGUGCCCUUACACACACUCAUCAAGCUGACUCCCAAGGCGUACGGCACUGUGGAGGAACGCUGGGAGGCGAAUAUCCCGGCGGUCAGUACGUGGCGCGCUAAGGGCAGCACGGCCAAGCAUGAGAAUCCCACACCGGGCAGCCUGUAG